GUCUAUUCUGAUUAGAUAGGGUGCAAGUGACUGAAGAUGAAGACUGUUCCCAGAUCUCUGCUCCUGCUGGGUGUGCUGACAGCCUUGACCCUGUUUAUCUUUGCCUACCUCUCCAAGAAAGUCGACCAUUUUCAACAACAAGAAUUAUUAAAGGAAGAUAUUUCAUCAACAACUCAUGAUAGGUUUGACAAAAUGACAAACACGACUAAUCAUGUGUUAUCUGCUGCGAUGAGGAUCUCAGAGCGAGGACAGAAAGCAUUGUUUGUGACUCUGAUAAAUGACGCCUUUCUUCCUUUCACCUUCAGCUGGCUGUGUAACACACAGGGGAUGGGAAUCCACAACCAGGUUCUCUUUAUCACAGGAGAUAAAGAAAGUGCAAGGAAAAUCAAUGAGAAAUGGCCAGCGGUCACUGCAGUUUAUCUGGACGGGGUUCACUCGGGGAACCAGGAGUACAGCCACGUGGGGUACGUGGAGAUGAUGGUUCGCAGGUCUGAGAUUCUUCUGCAGAUUCUGGAGAAAAAUAUUCCAAUUUUUUUGUUCGAAGUAGACUGCAUGUGGAUUAGGAACCCUCUUAAAAAUCUCCAGAGUUACUCUGAUGUUGAUAUGGUUGUUAAUGCAGUGUCUGAAAGAAGUAAGAUAAUUGCUGGAGGAUUUCUGUAUCUGCAUCCAACUGAAGCCUCAAAACAAGUGUGGAGAGCACUGACCAAACAAUUAACAGAUCUAAGAAAGAAGAUUAAAAACUCACCAGACACAAAGCUUAUUAGUGAAUCGGAGAAUGACCAAAUAUACCUAUCUCAACUUGUGUUUUCAAAUUAUGGAGGACUGAAGUUCAAAAUUCUAUCCACACAAGAAUAUGCCGAUGGGAAAUGGUACAAACUUUCAAAGGAAAAAAGAGAACAACUAAAACCUUAUCUGAUAAACAAUAACUGGGUCAUAGGGAAUGCAGCCAAGAUCAAAAGAGCAAAGGAAUGGGGACAUUGGUUUCUGAAGGACUCUGGGGAAUGUGACCAGGACAGGGUCCAGAGGGUUGUAGGGCAGGGCCUUGUGUGAAACGAAUGCAUGGAAACUACAUGUACUCUACAGUGAUCCUUAGUUUAUCAAAGAAAUUUCUGUUUUUUGGAGGGGAGGGGGGUAAAAAUUGUAUGCUUCUUUUGUUUUCUACAUUUAUAUUCUUAAUUCAUUUUUGGUAUCAGUAAAAUGACUUCAUUAUGAAGAAUGCACUUCUUAAAUACAUUCUUAAAUACAUUAAAAUGAUUUGUUUGUUC